AUGCAUCUUAACAACUGGGUUUACUCUCUGGCUUUGACAGGUCUCGCGAGCUGUCAAACACCACCUGGAUAUCCACAAAGUACUCAUCGAGCCUUGAUCGUGGCCUACGACAACCUCACAAUCACGCCAGACGCUCUCAUCUCACAAAAUGACACCACGCUCGAGCCUCAUAUAUCUCUGCCCCAACACUCUCGCUGCAGAGAAGUCUACAUGCUCCUCAUGUUAGAUCUCUCCCUCCCCACCUCCAACCUCCCUCAAAACCAAACCUACACCUCCGGCAUUGGACAAAACCGUUCCACCUACCUCCACUGGUUCCAAGGAAACCUCACGCACUCCCACCACUCCAACGCUCUCAUUCCUCUGUCCGAUACCGAAACCAUCGCGCCAUAUGUCCCGCCGAGUCCGAAUCCGGGCGAUAUUGCGCAUAUCUAUGCUUUCUAUCUCUUCAAGCAGCCAAAGGAAUUCGUCUUGACGGGUGUGAAUGCCGGGAGAGAUCUCUACCCAACGGUGUCGUAUGAUAGGAUAAGCUUCAGUGUGCAGGAUGUCGCGGAGGAGAAAGGGUUGGAGUUGGUCGCGGGCACGUACUUCAGAGAGCAGACGCCUGCUUGA